AUGUUAGUGUAUUCAGAAGUCAAUUCUCCAGCAAGACAAUUAUUUUCAUGUUGCAAUGACUGCUCUAUAGAUAAAGCACUUUUGACUAGAAUGAGACAAGAAGAAGCUGAGGAUUUAAUAGCAUUAUCAACUAAAAAACUACAAGAAAUUUAUGACUUCGACAGUGAAUAUUUGACAUCAAAAUUUUUUUCAAGAAAUUCAACACAAUCCAGUAACGUACUAACAUAUCCAUUUAAAUGUUCCUCGACAUCGGCAUUUAUUGCCAAACAGAGUGAUUAUGAAAAAAUUCGACCGAAAGAUACUUGGCAUUGGAAGUAUACUGACACAACUAGUCAAUAUAUACCGUCGUUUUAUCUCAACAAACUACAUCAUUCAAAUCAUCAUAUAUCAAUAACUCAGAUUGAACAUUUUGACCCUUCAAAAACACCACAUAAACGAAUAAAGUAUGUGCAACCCAGUUAUUCGAUAACUGAUGGCAAUCGUAGCCUACAAUUCGAACUGAAGAAUAAUAAGAUAGAGAAGAAGAGUGUACUAAACCCAAUUAACUCAUGGAAUAUACCGGUGAGAAAGUGGUUUUAUAUAAUUGACGUUCGACACAUAAAGAACGCAUCCUCCAAUAAUCCGCCUCCUAAACAUAAUUUGUUCAUGCAAAUAAAUGAAAUCACACUGACUAAAAGUACUUUACUAAAUCAAAUUCCUUUAAACAGGACAAGAAAUUUAUUGAAUAAUUCUGAUGUCAGUAAAUGUGGGAAAACCAAAUCCUAUUUAACACCCGAAAUCUGUCGAGAAGAAUUCAUAAAACUAAGUAAAUCCAGUUCAUUGAGCAGAAAAUAUCGUCAAAUCACAAUAUUAAGUAAGUUUAUACCAUAG